AUGGCUUAUCUCAAUACCUGGUGGUAUCACUUCCUUGAGGAGCACGUAUACGCUUUGCCUGAACCACCUCCUCGAGUCCGAACCAAGCCGUUGGAGGUCAUCUGUGUUGGCCUGCCUCGUUCAGCCACUGAAUCUCUCCAGCACGCCUUGCUGACGCUUGGCUAUGAUCACACGUAUCAUGGCUGGGACAUUAUCUAUGAAAAGCCAAACUAUGCACCCCAAUGGGUCAAGCUUUGCCGCAAAAAAUGGUUCGGCCCCCUCGAUGGGAAUACAAAGUUUACACCGGAGGACUUUGAUGCUGUUAUGGGCCACUCAACCGCCGUGACUGAUGCAGCAGGCUCGGUCUUCGCCGCCGAGCUCAUCGAAGCAUACCCCGAUGCAAAGAUCGUCUUGAAUUACCGCAAAGACUUGGAUGCGUGGCACCGUAGCGCAAGUAAAACGCUCGCCAACGUGAAACAUAACUGGGUCCUUUGGAUUCUCUCCUUCCUAAGCCGUCAAGGUUUCUGGGCUUGGCACGUGUACCUCGACUUCAUGUGGUCAGGCAUAUUCCGGGGACUGGACAAUGACAUCGAGACAGGUGUUGCAAGGAAUGGGAAAUGGGUCUACAAAGAACAUUGCAACAUGAUUCGUGGACUUGUCCCCAAGGAAAGGUUGCUGGAGUGGACUGUCGAGGAUGGUUGGGAACCGCUCUGUGAGUUCCUUGGUAAACCGGUUCCUGGCGAACCAUUUCCUCACACCAACGCGGCUGCUGGAUGGGAUAAUCAUGAAGAUAAGAUUGCCAAGAUGUACAUGAUGGAGGCAUUGCAGACCAUUGUCGUUCUGUCAGCAAUCUUACUUGGCACCGGUGUUCUUAUCCAUGUGUUCGUUCAAUAG